CCAGAGCAGCGGCGCUGCGCCCGGGAGCCUCCUGGGGCUGGGGCAGGCUCAGCGGGUGGCCCAGGUAUGCCGGCUAAGGCAGAGUGGUCCUCUCUCAGCCAGGGAAAGUGCACCCAUAUGAACAGCUGGGGGUCAGGUAGCCGCUGUCUGUGAUCCCCCGGGGAUGAGACUUGUGUGUGAAAGUCUGUGGUCACCACCAUGCAGACCUGCAGCUUGUGGGUGAUUGUCUUCUCGUGGGCUGCGCUAACCGUUGGUGCUUUCUCUCCUCUCUGUGAUGUGCUCCGAGAGCUAGAGAGGGACAAAGAGCAGUGUCUUCAAGAACCGAAGAACAACUCUGAAAAUGGGGAACCCAUAUCAGGCUGCCCUAGACUAUGGGACAACAUGAUUUGCUGGCCUUUCUCUUUCACCGGACAGACAGUGAAAGCUGAAUGCCCCAAAUUCCUCCAAAUGAUCACUGGCAAAAAUGGGUUUGUAUUUCGAAACUGUACUCAAGAUGGCUGGUCUGAAACCUUUCUCAGAACUGAUACUGCCUGUGGGUAUGAUGUAAAUGAUACCACCAAUGAUAAGCGGCACUCUUACUUCUUGAAGCUGAAAGUCAUGUAUACCGUGGGCUACAGCACCUCCUUGGUGAUGCUUUUGAUUGCCCUGGGCAUUCUCAUCACCUUCCGAAAACUCCACUGUACCCGGAACUACAUCCAUAUGCACCUGUUUGUAUCCUUCAUCCUGAGGGCUUUGUCCAUCUUCAUCAAAGAUGCAGUGCUGUUCUCCAAUGAUGUUGGCCACUGUGAUGACCAUCUGGUUGGCUGUAAAACCCUCAUGGUCUUCUUUCAAUACUGUAUCUUGACCAACUACAGCUGGCUGCUGAUAGAAGGUCUCUAUCUGCAUACCCUUCUGGUCGUUUCUUUCUUCUCAGAAAAGAAGGUUCUCCAGUACUUUAUCAUCUUUGGAUGGGGUUCCCCAGCAGUUUUUGCUACAUCAUGGGCAAUCACUCGACAUUUUCUGGAAAACAAUGGGUGCUGGGACAUUAAUGCCAACCCAUUCAUCUGGUGGAUCAUUCGAGGACCUGUGAUUAUCUCCAUCCUGGUUAACUUCAUCCUUUUUGUGAAUAUUCUAAGGAUUUUAAUGAAAAAACUCAAAACCCCAGAAAUGAGAGGAAAUGACAUGAACCAUUACAAGCGACUGGCCAAGUCCACCCUUCUGCUGAUCCCCCUCUUUGGGAUACACUACAUCAUCUUUGCUCUUUCCCCUGAAGAUACCAUGGAGAUAAAACUGUUUUUUGAGUUGGCACUUGGCUCAUUUCAGGGCUUGGUGGUGGCUGUACUCUACUGCUUCCUUAAUGGGGAGGUGCAGUUGGAGAUCCAGAGAAAGUGGCGACAGCGGCGCUUGAAUAACUGGUUCUGGAUGCGUCCAUCACUGAGUUCUUCCUUCAACAGUGGCACUAGUGGCCUUACCCACAUGACUAAAGCCAGCCCUUUGGAGCAGGGCACAGGAACUGCCUGGAAAGGCAGUGUCAUCUGAGGGGCUAGUGUAUAGGGGAGGUAUUGUUGAGAAUCGGGAGCACUAACAGGCACUGGAUUGUCCUGAAAAGGUAUAAGAGACAGGUGUCAGUAAAGAUAGGUUUCUCUGAGAGGUCAUCACAUUCUCAGGGAGCCAUCAAAACAGGAAUAUCCUCCAAAGCAACAGUGAUAACUACCAUGUUUCCAGCCUGGGUAUACUUCCUCUUGCUUUUUCCUUUCAAGUGCCAGUUCCUGAUUUCACUUGGUUACUUCCUUACCUUAAUUCUUGGUCCAGUCUCUAUGAGAUAAGAAAAGAGUUCUCCCCAAAGCAAAGAAUUAGAAUAGUGUUGAGUAUGUGCAGAGGAAGUGACUGGGAUGGAGAAGAGACUUGAAGCCAUGUCAUAGGAAGGAUGGUGGAUAUUUUCAGGAAAAUAAUUGUUUUCAAACAUUGGAAGGAUUAUCCUAUAGAAGAGAGAGUAUAUUUUACCUAUGUAUGUGAUUCCAUGGGCCUAAUUAAAACCAAUUGGUGGAAGUUAUAAAUAUAUAAAAAUUGGCUCAGCAGAAGAAACUUUUGAUAAAGAAAGCUCUCCAAUAACAGUGACCACUAAGCAAAAAUUAUAGUAGUGGAAAUUUAUGCACUCGGUAUCAAGUUGGACUGAAUGACUUUUGACAAUUCUUCCUCUCUGGAUUCUGUGAUUUUGUCUGGAGGCAAGGGGAGAAAGAAUUCAUUGAGAGUAGUUGGGAUGCUAUCUUUAGGUCCCGGUUCCAAUAUUUGGACAUUUGGAUAAGGGAAAGUUGAAAACCAGCAGUCUAUUACAAUGAAGGUUCUAUUUAGUGCUCCAUGACCAAAGGGAAGAGAAGAAAAGGAUGUGUUAAUAAAUCCUGACAGUAUAGUGAUUCAUUCAUUAUUUAUGAGGAAAGACAUUUUGGGGUACUUGGAAGAAGGAAUUGGGGAUUUCAGGUUUCUUCUUACUCUCAUAAAAAUUUAACAUAUGGAAAGGGCAAUUCACCUUUAUGGACUUCUCCAUCUUUCUCCUCUUCCUUACACUUAGCAGAAGAAGGGUCAGAGAAGCCUUUUGAAUCAUGUAAUUCUUCUCCUUAUCCAUUCUUAACCCUUGUAAAAUAGUGUAAAGAGGUAAAUUUGGUCUCUAGCUUUCUUCUCCCUCCUUCCUCAUCUCUCAUACACCUUUUUCAGUGUCUCAUGCUUCUCUCUUGAGCCAACUACUAUAAUCACAGUCACACCACGCCCACCAUUGGAAUUUACCUGUUUUGUAUUCUGUACCUCACACUCUCUGGGCUGUCUAAGGUGAGAACUAAUGUAGCAAUCUAAUAAACCGCAGGUACUGAAGUGGAAAGAGAACUGAAUUUUGAUUUAAAGGACGUAUGGGGAAGCUAACUGGCACAGUGAUGGAGCAUGAUUCCUGGAGUCAGGAGGACUCCAUAUUUUACCUCAGGCACUUGACACUUACUAGCUAUGUGACCCUGGACAAAUCACUUAGUCCCAAUUGCCUUCCUCAACACAAACAAAAAGACAAAGGUUCAAAUCCUUACUUAAUAUCUGUACAAUUUUGGGGAGUUCAUUUAAUGUUAUGACCAGCACAACACAAAUGGGUUAGUGGCGGUUGAAAAUAAGGAGAUGGGGUUGCUGAUAAUUCAACAGAGCCAUUUAUUGAGAGAAAUCAUGUUGCUUGUAUCUCUUAAACCGUAUGUUACUAAGAAAGGCAUUGUUUUGUAACUAACCCUGGUUUUUGUUUUCUAUGAUCUAACUCUGAAGCAUGUUGUUAGUUUCUAAGGACUCAAACUUAUGUAAAGUUCACAAUGCCCCAGUAAUUGUGCCAGAACUUUAUGUUUUUCCAUCAUUUCAAGCUUAAAUGCACUCUUGAUUAAUCUUAGGAGGAGGGGAACAUCUCAGUUACUGAAGUUUCUAGCUUCCUGGGAGUUGUCUACAUCUCCCCCUUUUUGUUUAUUUUGGUACUCUCAAGUCUUGAAGUUUGAGAUGCUGCCUGCAAACAUUCUCAGAGAUUCUUUAAAUUAUGGUUAGAAAACAGCCUAUCAGAGUAGGUCCAUAGA